AUGGCGUCGACCAAGGAGAGUCAGCGAAUGAAGCCUUUGCAGCUCAUAAGCAUGCAACGCGUGGCCCUGAGAGACGUCACCAUCUCCGAUGGCACCUUCAUCCCCAAGGUUACCGCGUCGUACGUCUCCAGUCACCGUCUGUGGGACCCCAAGGUGUACGCGAACCCGGAGCAGUGGGACGCUCACAGGUUCCCAAACCUGUGA